AUGGACGAAUUCAAGGCACAAACUCUCCCCCUUGUUCCACUUCCAUAUUCAACAGUUCUACUCCCGGGAGUUAUACUUCGUAUCUUCAUAUCCGAUCGCAAAGACAUCGCAGCCAUAAUAUCAACCCUCACAACUGACGCCCCAAGCCCUACAAUCGAUGCUUCCAACCUCGCAAUAGGAUGUAUCCCUCUCAAACCACCGACUCUAGUUUCGCCACCGAUCGCAAAAGAUGACGAGGAUAAAAAGCGGAUAAUUCAGGAGGAAGGUGACGAGGUUGAGGAAACCCAGAUCGCAUUUCUAAAUAUUGAUCCCUCCUCCGCCACCCCCGAGGAGCUAUUCUCCCACGGAACAGUAGCACGUAUCAUUGGCCUCGAGGGCCAUUCAGAUGUCAAUUCUUUUGGUAGCCCCAUCGUCGGCGGUCAGAACGGGAUGGCGAUCGUAGUGGAGGGAAUCUCCCGGUUCCGGGUAAAGCAAUACCGACAGCGUACGCCGUUCAUUGAAGCCGACGUGGAGCACUUCAGCGAUGAGCCAUUGAAAGAGGACGAUACUAAGACGAACUCGUUCUUUUUGCAGCUCAAGUCGCUCUCCCGGGAAUUAGUUGGAUUGCUGCGAAUGAGCUCAAACAGGGGCGCGGGAUUGCCGCCGAUCGUGGCAAGGAGGUUAGAGUUAUUAAUUGCGAAGAAGGAUGUUAAUGACGCUGGGUCUUUGGCUGAUUUUAUGAUUUCGGCGGUGGAGACGAGGUUGUUUGAGAGACUUGAUAUACUUGCUGCGGUGGAGGUCCCUGAAAGGCUUGAGAGGGCGGUGGUUAUACUUACUAGACAGGUGAAUAAGAUAAAAUCGAUAAUUCAAAAAAGCAAUAAGCUCGGGCCAGCUAUCCCGCCGCUUAUUGUUAUGGAUAACAGGAGACAGGGCGGAUUCGGGAGCUCCAAAGUUGGUGGGAGAAGAAGUUCUUUCGGGAGUGAUCAUGAUGACGAUGGCGAGAAUGAGGAAUAUGAUGAGUUAGUAAAGAAGAUCGAGUAUGCAAGGUUGAGUCCGGAAGCUUUGAAAGUUGCGAGGAGGGAGCUUCAGCGGUUGAAGAGGAUGAAUCCUGUUCAAGCAGAGUACGGCAUUUGUAGAACUUAUUUGGAAACUUUGACAGAGAUUCCCUGGACAAUAACCACAAACGAUCAACUAGAUUCAACAACUCUAGCUAAAGCUCGAAAGCAGCUCGAUGACGAUCAUUACGGUCUCGAGAAGAUCAAAAAACGACUCCUUGAAUACCUUGCUGUCCUCCGUCUCAAACGCCAAGUCAACGAAGCUGCCGAUAAAGCAUAUGCAGCGGCCGAUGCUGCUGAGGAAGAAGCAGGAAAAGAGGCCCUGAAAGCCAAAGCCCUUGGCUUGAAGCCUGCUCCUAAGCCUUCUGAUGACGAGAACGCCAAGUCCGAUGAAGAUACUACCGUUAUUAAAUCAGAUGAACAACCUAUAACCAAACCUAAGCGAAAGCCGUUUGUUGACAAAUCACCGAUCCUCUUGCUCGCGGGUCCGCCGGGAACUGGUAAAACGAGUUUGGCUAAGAGUGUGGCAACUGCUCUCGGGAGGAAGUUUUACAGGAUCAGUUUGGGGGGUGUCAGGGAUGAAGCUGAGAUUAGAGGUCAUCGGAGGACCUAUGUUGCUGCUAUGCCGGGGUUAAUUGUCAAUGCUUUGAAGAAAGUUGGGGUUGCGAAUCCUGUUAUUCUUUUGGAUGAAAUCGAUAAACUCGGGGGUGCUAACCACCACGGCGACCCGAGUGCGGCAAUGUUGGAAGUGCUUGAUCCGGAGCAAAACUGGAGCUUUACUGAUCACUAUAUUAAUAUCCCUAUUGAUUUAUCUAAAGUGCUUUUUAUUGCCACAGCAAAUUCGCUCGACACAAUACCAGCGCCUCUUCUCGAUCGUAUGGAAUUAAUUCAGCUCAGCGGAUACACGUCCCUUGAGAAAAUGCACAUUGCGUCACAAUACUUGAUUCCUAAGCAAUUGACAUCAAAUGGUCUUAGUGAGGGCCAGGUUGAAUUACCUGACGAUGUCCUUGCUAAAAUCAUAACGUCGUACACUAGAGAAUCCGGGGUCAGAAAUCUGGAGAGGGAAAUAGGGAGCGUGUGCCGUGCCAAAGCAGUCCAAUAUGCUGAGGCUAAAGACGCUGGCCAAGAUGAUUCGUACAACCCGAAAGUUGAGCUCUCAGAGCUCGAGGAUAUCCUAGGCAUUGAGAAAUAUUACUCCGAACUUGCUGAGCGUAGCAAUAAGCCUGGGAUUGUUACAGGAUUGGUUGCCUACAGCAUCGGUGGUAUCGGUUCAAUCUUAUUCAUUGAAGCUGAGCAUAUGCCUGGUAACGGAAGACUGCAGCUUACAGGGAAGCUGGGCGAUGUAAUCAAAGAGAGCGUCGAGGUUGCCCUAACCUGGGUGAAAGCGCAUGCCUAUGUUCUUGGCCUUACCCACCACCCAGACGAGGAUCUUACGAAGAAUAAAAAUGUGCACGUGCAUUGUCCUGCCGGCGCUGUGCCAAAGGAUGGUCCGAGCGCAGGGGUCGCAUUUACGAUCGCCAUGAUAUCCAUGUUUUCUGGUCGACGAGUCUCCCCCACGCUUGCCAUGACGGGCGAAGUGUCUUUACGGGGGAGAGUCACCGCGGUUGGUGGCAUAAAAGAGAAAUUGAUCGGUGCGCUAAGUGCCGGUGUCAAAACGGUACUUCUGCCUGCGCAUAAUAGGAAGGAAGUACGUGAGCUACCUGAGGAGGUCAAGAGUGGGUUGGAGAUAAUUUACAUCCGGAGCCUAUGGGAAGCGCUAAAAUACGUCUGGCCUGAGUGGAGUGUCGGAGAAGACAACAUGUCUUCGAUUGAGAGCAGAUUGUGA